CUCUGCUGGAAAGCAACAAAUAGUAAUGAAGCUUUUGCUGAGUUUUGUAGCUUUUAAUAUAUUUUUUCUUUUCACGUAUUCAGCUCCCCCGACGUGUUAUUCAAGGGUUAUAAGUCUGAGCAAAGAAAUAACAGAAUCUUUUCAAAUGUUACAGAAAACUGCACCCUCAGGACCAUGCAUGGAUUCACUACCAACUCUUUAUCUGGAUAUACAUAAUUCCUGUGUGAUGACAAAGCUACGUACAUUCAUUUCAGCCCCAAAUUGCGGGAGGUUUCCUAGAGUGACGGCUCUAAAGAAGAAAGUGAGAAACUUGUAUAACAUCAUGAACACAAUCUGCAAACGUGAUUUAGUCUUCUUUACAGAUGAUUGUGAUGCUCUUGAACCACGUAUGAUGACACCUACACCCACCACAAUGUCAAGAUCAAAUGUAGAAUGAAAAACAUGGGCUUAAUGCUUAGCCUAUUCAAACACUACUGCCUUAUUUAUUAGAUUGGUUUAUAUGUAUGUGUGGUAAUGUUAUAAUCAUAUAUCUCCAUGCCAUGAAGGAAACCACAAUGACAAUAACUCUCAAUAGCAUCAAUUCAGGGGAAUUGGUUGGUUCCAAAAAGAUCAGGGGCUACAGCUAUUGAACUAGAUUCCACCAACUCUAAUUCCCCCACCAUAUACAUAUACACACACACACAUAUAUACAUAUUAGAUAUGUGCAUUCAGAGGUUUCAGAUACCACUGAAUAUGGAAAAAGGCAGAGACUCAUUCUGCUCAGCUAAUUUUGGAGCCAGUUUAUUCUUGUGAAACUGCAACACACCAGGAGCUGGAUUUGCACAGAUCUUUGUGUGUUGAAGUUUCACAAAAAUAAGUUUGGUUUAAAAAAACAGCUGAAUAGCUCUGGAAAAAUUAUCAGUUUCUCUGUUUUUACUAUUUAUAGGUAUGUGAACAUUUUUGUUUUAUUUGUUAAACCAUUAAAAACAUUUCUCCCAAAUUCCAAAUAAAAAUAUUGCAGAAAAUGACAACUGGUCAAAAUAACAAAAAAAGAUGCAGUGUUGUCAGACCUUGAAUAAUGCAAAUAAAACAAGUUCAUAUUCAUUUUUAUACAACACAAUACUAAUGUUUUAACUUAGCAAGAGUUUAAAAAUAAAUAUUUGGUGGAAAACCCCUGGUUUUCAAUCACA